AUGGAUCGAAGUUGGAUAACAACAACAAAGCCAGGUGACCCUGAAUAUCAACAAGGUGUUAAGGAAUUUAUUAAAUUUGCAUUUGAAAAUAGUGGAGGUCGCUCCAAGCUACGUUGUCCUUGUUUUAUGUGUCAUAAUUUUUUGCAUAAGAGACCGGAUGAAAUUCUCAAUCAUUUAAAUAAAUGGGCAUUUGAUAGAACAUAUACCCAUUGGAUUUGGCAUGGGGAACGUAGAGACAUGCAUGCGGGUGAUAGUGGUGAGACUAGGGAUAAUGUGCGUGUAGUUCAUGAUGUUGAUGAGGGAGAUCAGUUAGAGGACAUGUUGCAUGCGGUUGAGGAUCAACUUGAUGACAACCCUUCAAUGCUUGAGAGCUUGUUAAGUGACUCUGAAAAGCCAUUGUAUGAAGGAUGCACCAAGUACACGCGAUUAUCCGCUAUUCUUAAGUUAUAUAACUUGAAGGCGGGUCAUGGUUGGACUGACACUAGUUUUAAUAUGUUAUUGGAGUUAGUGAAAGACAUGCUUCCCAAAGAUAAUGUUCUUCCUGAUAGUACAUAUGAGGCGAAAAAGUCACUAAUCCCAAUGGUUUUACCUUAUGAGAAAAUCCAUGCAUGCCCUAAUGAUUGUGUAUUGUAUCAAAAUCAAUACGAAUCAUUAGAGAGUUGUCCAAUUUGUGAAGCUUCACGGUACAAGAAAAGGGAAGGAGCAGUACCAGCAAAGGUUUUAUGGUAUUUUCCUAUAGUACCAAGGUUCAAACGAUGGUUUUCAAAAGCAGAAGAUGCAAAGAAGUUGACAUGGCAUUUCGAUAGUCGAGUUGAUGAUGGAAUGCUUAGACAUCCAGCUGACUCUCCGCAGUGGAGAUUUAUUGAUGGAAAAUUCCCUGACUUUGCCAAGAAAAGCAGAAGGUUUAUGUUCUUGUCAUUGUUAAUUCAAGUUCCAAAGCAACCGGGCAAUGACAUCGAUGUGUAUUUGACUCCACUUAUUGAUGAUUUGAUUAUGCUUUGGGAAGAAGGUGUUGAAGUGUUUGAUGCUUAUCGCAAUGAGAAUUUUAAUUUGAAAGCAAUGCUAUUUUGCACUAUCCAAGAUUUUCCGGCGUAUGGCAACCUUUCGGGGUACACUGUGAAGGGGAAAACAGUUUGGCCCAUCGGUAUGGAAGAUUGCAAGGGAACGUGGUUAAAUGCAUCUAAAAAGCAUGUCUAUCCUAUUCAUCGUCAGUUUUUGCCGCCUAAUCAUCCAUAUCGCAGAAGAAAGAAUGUGUUCAAUGGGCAGCAAGAGUUUAAAGGGCGAUCAAAAAUCAUCUUAGGUGAAGAGAUAUUCGAUAAGGUGAAAAAUAUUGACAUCACAUUUGGCAAGAAACAUAAAUCGGCCCUUUCUACGCAGGGGUUCAAAAAGUGUUCGGUUCUUUGGCGGCUUCCUUAUUGGAAACAUCUUUUUGUGAGACAUUCACUUGAUGUUAUGCAUAUUGAGAAGAAUGUGUGUGAUAGCUAG